AAUAUGUGUCAAUUGGGAAUUUCACUAUUAGAACGAAAAAUCCUUCCUCAAAUCUCUACUCUUCUUACAGUUGAGAGAGGUCUCACUUGUUCUUCAAAACUCAACAAAGCUUGAAUGGGAAACGUUGUGGAAUUGAAGGUAGGCUUGCACUGUGAGGAAUGCAUCAAGAAAAUCCUGAAGGCCAUCAAGAAGAUUGAAGAUAUCGAAACCUAUAAUGUGGAUACGGAGCUGAACAAGGUGAUUGUCACCGGAAAUGUCACCACAGAACAGGUCAUCAGAGCUCUUCAGAAGAUCAAGAAGACAGCAAUCCCUUGGGACCAAGAAGCAGCACCUUGUUAGAAGUUAGAACCAUUUAGUUUCAUAUGAUCAUAUCUAAUCUGCACUACUGAUCCCAUCAAAUUUUGUAUAAUUCAGCUUCUAGCUACGAGUUGCAAUAAAAAAGAACAGAAAAAGCUGCUAGCUUUCACUCAUCCAACCAAACAUCGU